AUGAUUUGGUUUCUGUUGUGCUAUCCGUUGCUGUCGAUUCUGCUCUGCGUCCGCCUGGCCCUGCAAUCGCUGGCUGUCAACAUGUCAGAGCGCCGGUGGUCCACCAGGCUGAAAGCGAAGCUCUUGCGGCGAUCGUCAAUGUCAAGCAAAAAUCACCCUUUCACCACCACAUCCAACGCCUCGUCCUCCACCGGCCACAACCUCCAUCAGCAGCACUCUCACCCGCACAGCAAUCACGCCUUUGACCAGCCGGUCCGCCAGGACCAUCACGGGGAGAAGGCGGCGGAGGAGCUGUCGCUGUCGGCCGACCCAAACUUUGCAAGCAUUGCAACCACCGCGACGCCGCCCAUCUCCACAACCCCAAACGUCCUCUCCUCUUCAGCCUCCCACCCUCCUCCACCUCUCUCCUCCGCCAGUCGUCCCUCCAUCUCCUCCUUCGCCGACUCCCAGUAUACGCCUGACGAGCUCGCCAGUCCUACCAGUUCGUCAGGGGGGCAAUACUUCUUCGUCCCUGAAUACCGGCGUCCCAACUCUCGCUCUUCAGCUCAACGCCACAUCGAGGAGCCCCCUCCACCUACCAAUCCGAACGCGAGCCCUUCGUCCACGGUAACAAGUAGGCAGGUCCUGCCUCAACCGUCACCGCAAGAGCAACAGCAGCUGGCCACCUCUCGACGGCGCUUCGAGCCAACCCACGAUCGGGAUCGUGCCCGAUCCGGAUCUAGCCGCAAAAGCUUCCCAUCUGAGCUGCUCAACUUCCCCCUUCCACCGUCACGAAAGGCCGACCACGUUGCCCCUGCCGCUCCCCCAACUUCGCCUCCUGCACCAAAGGCUGAUCGCUUGAGCGCACCACCAGCCUUAACUCCGCGAGAGCGUUACGCUGCUGGUGCCGGACCGGCCGAGUCUGUAUCGCCUGCGCCCUUGAAUGCUGUCGCAGAGAAGCAGGUUAUAAGCACUUAUCAGUCGUUCCCGCUUCCAUCGACAUCGCUCGCCAAGCGACCGAGCUUGGGAAUCCGUCGCCAGUCGCUUCUGCCUGCCUCUCAUCAGCAUCUGGUUAGCUCUUUGCUGGACACCGGGUCGUUCUCGGAACCAGACGGAUUUGGACACAAACCUUUCCAGAGUACAAGCUCAGGGAUGGGUUACCGUAAGAUUUGGGUUAAGCGGCCAGGGGGGUCGGCCACGCUUCUGCCUACGUCCGAGGAUGCGCUGGUCGACGAGUUGAGAGACCAAGUAGUGAUGAAGUACGCCAACUCCCUGGGAAAGACGUUUGAUGCGCCCGACAUCAUCAUCCGGAUUGCUACACGAGAAGGGACCACAAGACAAUUGACCCCUGAUCGCAUCCUGAGUCCAGAGGAGCCCUUGAUUGCGGUCCUGGAUUCAUACUACCCGGGUGGCCAGACGAUACAGGAAGCUUUGGUUAUUGAGAUUCCUCAGCGUCGGACUCCUAAACCCUCGCCUCGCCAUAACACGUACUAUACGCACUCUGAGCCGGGUGAGCAUGGCGACUAUUUCACUCUUAUGCCAGCCAAUGGCAACGUUCCAACCCCUCCGACGCACCAGCCCCAUGCGCCUAAUUCCGCCUCGUCGAUCUCUAUUUUGACUACCGGCAUGGCGCCUGCGCUGCCGUCUCCGAGCGGGCGUGCUUCCCGUCACCGCCGGCCUCCUAUGACUCGGCAUACUACAAACUCCCCAACCAUGCUCGGGUCAGCUACGAGUGCAAAAGGUAUGUUUUUCUUUGGUAGAUCAAGUGAGCUAUGCUGA